GGGAAGGAACAUUCACAAGUGCAAACCAACAGGAUUUCAGUUUUUGGAGAGAAACACAAGUUCAUUUGAAGGGAUAAGACUCCCCUUGGUUAAUUUAACAACGAGCUUCACCUGCCGGCUGUGGGUUUGUUCCCAGCUCAGUGAGACCUGUGAGUGCAGUGCGAGCUCCGGGUUUGUUUUGGAGGCCAGAAUGCCCCGCAUGAAGGCGAUUUACUCUGAUUUCUUCUGGAAACCUCUGACAGAGGACGUGGAGGAGCUGCUGGCUCGCUUCCAGCACACCGACUCGGUGCGGUUUGAGCACUUCUCAGCCAUCUGGAGGGAGAUGGGCUUCUCGGACGUGUUCAGAGGCAUUUUCGGCCUGACUGAAAUGAAGAGGUUCUGCAGGGUGGCUUUGACCACAGCUGUCAAGUACUUCCUCCCUCCACACAGCUACCAGAUUCAGGUUGGAGGCUUGUAUUUGAUGUAUGCAUUUUACCACACUCAACUUUCCAUCCCUCCCAUGAAGAUCAGACUCGCCCUGAAGGACUGGGCCUAUGUGCAGAAGUUCCUCAGAGACUCCAUCCACGCCCAGCACUAUGAUGUGGUUUACAUCCUGCAGAAGCUCUUUGCAACCAGAGCCAUCCACUACACCGCCAUGCCUCACUUUCUCUCCUUCCAGAAACUACGCAAGAAGGAGUCCACGGAGUCAGUGUGCACAGCAUUUCUUGGCAGGAACAGCACCGUGCAGGAGCUGCUCAGCUCGGAGUUCCUGGAGGAGCUGGCCAACAUCGAGAGCCACUAUCAGGGGAUGAAGAAGACCAUGGUGGAGAAGAAUGACAACAUCAACAUAGCCCAUCCAGAUUUUUCCCAACGCCUCUACAGCUGUGCAGGAGAGUUCACCUCUUGGCAGGAGAAGACCUUUUCAAACGUAAAACGAGAAGCAGACAAGUGCUCUGGUGACGAGGAGAAGCCGAUGGAGGCUGAGUCCAGGGCUCGGCUCCUCUCCUCCAUCAAGAACAAGAGCUACAGCUGCUACCAGGAGAUGUCCAAGUCACGGAGGCACCGCCAGGUCGAGACGGUGGACUCCUGCACCUCAGAGGCAGAACAGAGCCAGGAGACGGCCGCCUCUCGCCGCAGGAGGCCCCUGUCCCUCCGGGCCCGCACCUGGAAGAAGCUCAGCGUGCCGGAGGACAAGAGCCAAAUCCAGGCCUGGCUCCUCAGCUGCCCGGAGCACGAGAAGGUGCCGCUGAAGAGGACCGACCAGCCAGCACCCAUCAAGUGGUGAGGGGAAGGAUGGAGCAAAUGUGAAAUGUCUGGAUGACUCUCCAGUUUAAAUGUCUUAUUUUGAAGAGAUUCUGUCCUGAUUGUUUUAUCUCACCAUGUUGCAUCAAAUUCAUCUGGUUGUUAACUGAACACUUCAUUUGAACAGCUAGAAUCCUUGAGUUUCUGUUUACCUCCAGUGUUAAUAAGCACAAAAAAGAGAGACUCUUUAAUUUUGUUAAUAAAUUAAAUGCAUUAAAAAUAA